AGGGAGUGUUUUCCAAAAUUGAAUGAGGGCAUUUAAUUUAGUAAUUAAUGGUGGGAAAUUUGUUUGAAAUAGAGAGGUGUAUGUUCUAGUCACAUAGACUCCAAGGUAUCUACAUUUUUCAGUAACAAUUCUGAAAGGGAUUUUUUGGAGUUGUGAAGGGUCUUGAGCUUUUAUUGGCAUAAUUUCGCUUUUAUUCCAGUUUAUUCUAUACCCUGAAAAGGAACCAAAUUGUUCUAUAAGGUUUAAUAUAUUUGGGAUACUGACUUGAGAAUUGGUGAUGUAUAAGAGUACAUCGUCUGCAUAUAACAAAAUCUUGUUAUUGGUAUGUUUAGUAUUGAAUGCCCGAAUGUACUCGUAUGCUUUCUGCUAAGGGUUCUAUGACAUUGGUGAAAGGGUACAUCCUUGUCUAUUACCCCUGGAUAAUUGAAAUUUAGAUGACAGAAUUUGAUUAGUCAAUAUUCUGGCAGUCGGAUUGUUAUAUAACAGCUUUACCAAUGAAAUAAAAUGUUCUCCUAGUUGGAAUUUUUCCAACACUGUAAAGAGAUAGGCCCAUUCUACUUGGUCAAAUGCUUUUUCUGCCUCUAAAGAAAUAAUUGUUAAAUCUUCAUUUAUCGUUCUGUGUGAAUGCAUUAUAUUAAACAGGCGUCUCAAAUUAUGAAACAAAUGUCGCUUAGGUAUAAACCCAGUUUGGUCUGGAUGUAUUAAUCUACUAAUGUACAAACUUAGUCGUCUUGCCAAAGUCUUGGCUAAUAUUUUCUGAUCUGUAUUUAGAAGAGCUAUUGUUCUAUAUGAUUCAGGCUCUUCAAGAUUUUUGUCUUUGUUAGGUAUCAAUGUAAGUGUUUGUGGUAAGGUCUGUUCUUUAAAAGCAUGUAUAUAAAGGGCUCGUAGGCAUGGAGAAAUUAAAUCAUUGAAUUUUUUAUAGAAUUCAUUACUGAACCAAUCUGGACCUGAUGUUUCCCCACUAUUCAGUGAUUUGAUAGUCUCUUCAAUAUAUUUUAUUAUAAUCUCACCAUCUAAUUGUUAUCGUUCCUCCUCAUUAAGUGAUGGGAGGUUGUAAUUGUCAAGAAAGUUUUUGAUCUUUGCAGAGUCGGCUGAUGUUUUUGAUGCAUAUAGAUUUUGAUGGAAUUUUAGGAAUCUUUCAUUAAUAUCUUUGGGAAGUGUGAGCAGCUCACCUUUUUCUGAUUCAUUUAAAUUAUAAUGUGUUAUUUUUGUAUUUUUCUACUCAUAUCGUGUUGUUAUUUGCGAGCAAAGCAGCAAGGCAAAUUCCUUGUAUGUAUACAUACUUGGCUAAUAUAAAAAAAUAUUCAAAAUGUAUUCAAUUUUGCAGAGCAAGUAAUGCAACAAUUGGCUGUGGGCAAUUGUGUACUGUGGACUUUCCAUGUUCCACAUUGCCCUCAAGCCUCUGGAUUGCUUAAAUCUCUAUAUAGGUACUGAUUCUAUAAAGAUACUACUUCUUCCAUAAAAUACAAAAGCUGGUAAAUAUCAAGGUAUCAUUCAUUGGCAUAGUUGAAGUGAUCAGAAAGUUGCCUUGAAAGUAGAUUUGGUUCAUUUUUGCUACAACUGGCUUAAGAGAAAAUAAACCAUUUAUAUAAUGCUUUUCAGCUGGUGGAAUCCAAGAUUCACAUAUUGCUGGAAGAUUGCUGAGUCGACCCGAAAGGAUUGAAUGAAAAUCACUGAGAAAGGCAAGGAUGGCAAUGGAUAGAAAUGCAUCAAGAGAAGAAGAGGAACAUAGUGCAAAAAAUGGGGACUACAAGCAACAGAGUAUUCAAAAUUGGCUGAACACUAACUGCACAUCGCUUGUGAGUGAAGAUAGGCCUCCGAGUCCACAGAAACCAGGAAUCAGUCAGAGGAUGAGCAGUACAGAAGAUGACUUAAUGUUGGGUGUCGAAGCCACAAUAUACACAAGUGCACUACAAAACAUGACCUUCAAAGAAUAUGUGAGAACCUUCCACUCUGAAAAACAUGCGCUGGGAAGAAUGAACAGUACAGCUUCAGCAACUUCCGUGAGCAUUGGGCCCCAGAGUGUUUUUGAAUUUCUGGAUGUCUGGCACAGUGAUCCCGAGGAAAUUCUUCUUGACCUUGGUUUUGGCAAAGAGGAACCUGAAAUCUUAACCAAAAUACCAGGCCGAUACAUCAACGGCUCCUCUGUUGCAACUGGAAUAAAUAUAAGAGUCUUUCUGGAUGCUCUGAAGCUACGAAUGGAAAUGGAAAACCUUGAUUUAUACAAAAAAGCCACCCAGAAUUCAUCACCUGAGCUCAGUGUUGUGGAGAUGCGCAUCUUGGAUGUCACAAAGGAACGCAGAGCACUGCUGAGAAAAAUGUCACAAAGUAAACUGAAAAACAUUAAGGAUUCUCAAACACUUGAAGAAAGCAGAGAAAGUAAAGAGAAUACAAUGAAAUCUUUGAAAAGGGACAGAAAAAAUUAUUUCCUCUACGCGCGUCGAUUUACUACCGAAGAUGACAGCAUCUUAUCACCAUUAACAGUAGGACAGAGUGGAGAGCAGAAAAAGGCACCCGAUUUGCUUCUUGAUUUAAAGAUGUCUCAAGAUAAUCCCCUGCUGGAAACAUCUGCCAAAGAUAAAGACGGCGAUAUGCAGUUUCUAAUUCCCCAAGCAAAGAAGCUGAAGUGCAUCAUGAAUGAUCAGUUACCAGAUUCCUUUGAAAUGGAAGAGAUGCAGAGCUUUGAUGAAGAUGGUUCUCUAAGAAUGCCUGCCAACAAAAUAUGUCUAGAUCUGAAAAGAGAAAACAGUUGUCAGUCGGAUAGUAGUGGAUUUGUGGAAGAGCCAUUCAUUCCAUCACAGAUUCUGCAUACAUUGAAAAACUUUGGCUGGGACAGCCGAGCCUCCUCACAAGAAAGCAAGCAAUGGCCUGUCCAUGUCAGCAAUCCAGGACAAGCAACGGACAACAUGACUGAUCCAACCUCACAUUCUGCAUCUACUGACAGUGAUCAAGCAAAGUGUUCAGAAGCAUCCACAACAUUGCAUAUUUCUCAAGAACAGGAAAAAAUUACGGUGGGAAAUCUUGAUCACAAUCCUCAUGCCUUUGAUGAUCAUCAGAGGAUAACAUGCAUUGAUAAAGUCACAGGGGAGGAAAGUGAACUAAAUGACAACAAUAGUAAUUUGCCCACAACACCUUUUAAGGCAACAAAGCAUGAUUCCAUUGCUGAUGCAGAUGUCUGGAAAAAUAACCAGACCCAGAAGGAAAAUGAUGAUAUCGACACCCAAAAUAAUAACUCUGUAAGCAUGAAUGCAAUAACUGUGAACAAUAUACCUGCAAUCCAGCAGGAGCCAAGCCUCCAUUUACCACAUUCCACUGCUUUAAGCAAGUUAGUGACCAUCCAAAUUCCUCAGGAAAAAUUGCCAGAAAUUGUCACAGACGUUCAUUUGUCAGACCCACAACCACUGUUAUUUCAGUUAAGUGAAGACCCUGUCAAACCAUCUGCAUUUCAAGAAAGUGGCAAGUUGAGGGAUGCUUCAGUGCAGACUAAGUAUAACACUGGGGAGCUCACUGUUAAAACUAGCCAACCUGACCAAAUUAAGAUGUUUCAAUCUGUCAGAAAAUUUACGAAAUCAGUUUCACUGGAUACCGGACUAUAUAUUGUCGAGCAGAAUACUCAGAACCAAACUGCUAUCACUCCAGUUCACUGCCUUUGCUGUCACCAUUGUUCCUGUGUUCAACAUUGUUCAUCAAUAUGCUUCAAAACUAGCAAUAUGAAAUCCCCAUCAAAGAUGGCUAUGUCACACUCAGAGGCACAGCUCAUCAAGACUUUACAGCAAUUGCAACAAACUGCAAGAGUUAUCUCUGGAUCUCCGCAGGUUCUACGAGAAAUAGAGACCGUGAAGAAAUGUCUGCGGGGUUUUCGGAAUAGAUUGGUGGAUAUCGAGCAGGACAUCAUUGAACAGCAGGCUUCAGUCUACAGUGUUUUAACUGAACAAGAGAGAGACGAAGUGAAACGAUUGCAAACACUACGACGUGCAGUUCGUCAAGAGGUCACAGAAAUAGAGGAUCAGCUUGAGGAUCAGGCUCGACAAGUUGGAGAAGCAAUGAAAAUGCAGUUGCUGAGUUUGCUGGAGGAACAGUCUUCUCUGUGCUCAUACGUGGAAAUGAUGAAGCAAACAAGGAAUUUUGGAUCACAUAGCCAGCAUUGUCCUUCAUCCAUCUGCAUGACAUCUAUGCCAGCAGCAGUCAGCAUCUCACAGGAGCUGGAAUCAACUGCGGGAAGGAGUAUUUCAAUCCAUUCUACAUUAGCACAAUGUCCUAUCAAUUCACCAGUAACUUCAGCCUCAAGUAAAACUGAUACUGAAGUCUGUUCAGAAGCUGCCAAAGGUACAGAUUUAUCCGAAAAAAAGCAAGACCAUCAAGCAGAAACAUUGGAUUUUAAAAACAUCCUAAAACAUAUUAAACAAUCAUUUAAACACCUCAGAUCAGCUGGCUCAGAGAAGACCGAACAUACUAAAUAAAGAUCCUUCGCAUUAUGCUACCUGGCCUGCUGAGUGUUUCCAGCAUUUAAAAAAAAUUAUUGAUGGAAUUUGUUUGCUUCUUAAAGUUUGAGAGCAAUGCAAGGACUGCUGGACUAAGUCAGAACAUGCACACUCUCAGAAACAUUGGUUCAGGCUUCUUGCAGGUUGCCCUCCUGACACUUGAUAAGAAGUCAAAAUAAAACAAGAUCAGCAUCUUUGAUUUUCCUGGUUAAUUCAGCUCUUGCUUUAAGCUUGAAAGAGGAUUUGAGUGUAAUGCAGGCGCUCUCAAAAGUGUGGACCUUCAUAGAGCAUGCUCAAAUGUUCUAUCAUUUCUCAGGAAACCUCCUUGCAUAGAAACCUCCAUGCAUAGAAACAUAAAAAAAUAGGCGCAGGAGUAGGCCAUUCAGCCCAUCGAGUCAGCACUGCCAUUCAAUAUGAUCAUAACCAUAUAACAAUUACAGCACGGAAACAGGCCAUCUCGAUCCUUCUAGUCCGUGCCGAACACGUAUUCUCCCCUAGUCCCAUACACCUGCGUUCAGGAUAAUACAGAAUCAGUUCCCCGUUCCUGCUUUUUCCCCAUAUCCCUUGAUUCCGUUAGCCCUAAGAGCUAAAUCUAACUCUCUCUUGAAUACAUCGAGUGAAUUGGCCUCCACAGAAUUCCACUGCAUGUGUGUUCUUUGCACUCAGCUUGUUACUAACUGCUCUUCAGAAGCCUGUGCAGGUUCCUCAAUCCCGAUUUCCGAGGAGUCUGCCAUCCUUUCCCCCCCAACUAUAGUAGGAUGCACUCAUGUCUUGCUGACAUCCACCAAAUGAUGAAAGAGUGCUGGUUUUGCUGUGAUGCAAGUCUUCAAGAACUAUCUCCUGAGAUUGUGAGAAACUGGGACAAAGUUGGGAAAUUUGAACAUGUUUUAGUCGAAAUAUCAUCUGAAAGGUUCUCAAUAUUUUAGAUACCUUCAAAUACGAGACUAUCUGAAAUCAUAUAUCCAAGGCUCUCAAUCUAUGUUGCCAGAUACACUAGAUGAAUGUAUGAAUAGAAACUCGGAUUCAAACAAGUUAAUAUCAUAUCUGUAUAACACCCUUUUAAAUAUCGAGACCCCAUCGUCAGAAGUAAUUAGAAGAGCUUGGGAAGAUGAGCUUGGCCUAAAAAUUUUAAAAGACAGAUGGGAGGAAAACCUUCUAUACAUACACAACUGUUCGCUUAACGUUAGGCAUUCGUGAAAUCAAUUUAAAAUACUGCAUAGACUCUAUUAUUCAAAGUCUAAACUGAAUAAGAUCUUUCCAAAUGUAUCUCCUAUUUGUGAUAAAUGUCUUCUUCAGGAAGCAACUAUAACCCAUUCCUUUGCCUCUUACAUAAAGUUACAUAAUUUCUGGAGAGGAAUUUUUGAAAUGUUUUCAAAAACACUAAUAAUAAAAUUGGACCCCGACACGGAACUGAUCACUCUAGGUACUUCAGAAGCCUGUUCUGAGCUAUCACUAUUUCAAAGACGUUUCCUUAAUUACGGCCUGAUAAUGGUGAAAAAACUAAUACUUGAAUUUUGGAAACAUACAUCAGUCCCUACUCUUAAGAUGUGGAUUAUAAACAUGUCCGAGACGCUACAUCUUGAAAAUAUUAGACUUGGCUUGGCAGAAAAAACAGAUCACUUUUCCAAGACAUGGACUCCAUUCAUUGAUUUAUUACAAGGAUAGUAUGGUGCAACACAAUUUUGGAUUUAAAUCUAAUUACGGAUUGGAUGAGGUGGGUGGGGAAGGAUGAGAGGCAGGUAUAUCACCAAUUUUUUUCUCUCUUUUUUUGUACUUUUUUUUCUAUUCCUCUCUUUCUUUCUUUUAUUCACUCUUUGGCUACACUACUUUGGCAGUCUAGGGGUUCUAUCUUUGCACAUCUCACGUUUUCUCUUUCUUGCUUUUUCUCCUUUCUUUUCUUCUAAUUUAAAGCAAAAAAGUUAAAAAUUGAACCUGUUCAAUAACUGUAUAAAUUUUAUAUGCCAUUGGUUCUAUUGUUGUACAUUUGCUUCUAAUAAAUAAAAAGAAAAAAAAAGAAAAAAAAGAAAGAGAGAAUCAUGGAUGAGCUUUUUUAAUUGCAAUUUAAAUUCAACCUAGUAUCUACAGGAAAUGAGCCAAACUUUCCUAGAGUAUCUCUAAACAAACUUCAAGGUCUUUCACCACUUAAUUUUCUUUAUUUUCCCUGAUCAUGCUGCCAUAGUUACUCGUAACAACAAAGCCACCCAUCUAUGUAUCAUUUGAUUGUAAGAAAUAAUAAUUUAUUUUCUAUGUCAACAGUGGGAAUUCCUGAGCGUCUAUUAUGUUUUAUUUACUACCUGUAAAAUAAUUUUAAAUUAUUGAUCCCUGCCUUCAUUUCAGAUUCAAGCACAAAAAUCCUAACAGUUUCAGUUAUGUGACGCGUUAUUAAAGCAAUAGAACAGGAAUCUGAAGGAUAUAUUAUAUAGGAAAAAGUAUAAUUUUUGCAAGGACUGCAUCUCUCAUACUUUCUUAUGUUUGGUGAUUUUCAGUGAAUGCGUAUCUUAGUUAUCCUAUUAACUGAGUCAAGCUCUUCUACUAAAUACCAAUCGUCAAUGCUUAAUUACAACAUGUAAAUUGAUAAAAUAAGAAAACAGAUGCAAACUUCAAUAAUUUAUUACAGUAAGUCUCACAUGGAAUUCCCACAGCUUGGUUCCAUUUAUUGGCUCUAUACACUGUUUCUAAAGUGGCUGAUAUUGAGAUAGAACUAAGUGCUGUAAUACUUAACAAAGAUGUAAAUCUUAAGACCUUGUGAAGCAUAUUUAAAGUACCAAGGAUAAUUGAAUCACGACAGAGGUAAUUGAGUAUAUAUUUUUUUAAAUGAUUAUAACAACUCCUAUGUUCCCAGUAUAACUCCGAGAAUGGAAAGUCCAACAGCACAAAAGUAGGCCCUCAAUAUUAAUCCCUUUAGGCCCUUUAAUCUUUCAUAUUCUUGUGAUACAAGUGCACUUUUAGAUACGUGUUGGAAGGAACUGCAGAAGACUGAGAACUCUGAUUGAGAAGACUGAAAGUCUCAGUCUGAAGAAGGGUCACGUUUCCGAAAUGUCACCUAUUCCUUUUCCUUUUCUCCAGAGAUGCGACCAGACCCACUGAUUUACUCCAGCAUUUUAUGUCUAUCUUCAUUAUUGGACACCUCUUAAUUUUUGUGAGAGUACCUACUACCACCACCCACUCAGGCUCCAACUCGAACAACCUUAUGGUGCAAUAAUUCUUGCAUUGAUACUCUCUAAACCUCUCACUCUAAACCUGUGUCCACUAUUUUAGAUACCUCUGCUGGAGAAAACUUUCCUAUUAUCUGCCCUAUCUACGUCCAUCAUUAUUUUGUACACUUCCUCACAGCAGUCCCGCUCCAACUUAUGCCUCUCCUCGUGUCUGAAAUUCUCCUUCCCGGUAACAUCCUGGUGAAACUCUGGUGCAUUUGCUCUUGUGUUCUAUCCUUGCCCAGCUUAAGUGCCAUCUUUAUCACUUUUAUCUACUAAAGCACUAUCCUCAAGAUUUGUGGACUUGUACGUGAUGAUCCCAAGCUCCUCAGGACCCUGGCUAGAAAGUGUUUCAUCACACUCUUAAGGGCCUGUCCCAUGAGCAUGU